AUGAUCUCUGAACUGGGGACAGGGCCCAACUCCCUGGACGCACAUGUGCAACAACUUGAAUCAACCACUGACACUCACAGCACACAAAUCACGUGCUCCAUGCAGCAAUUCAGUAUGUUAAACACCAAACUUAUAUCACUGCGCCGGUACAUGGAAGACCUAGAUAAUAGGGGAAGACGGAACAACAUCCGUAUUAGGGGUCUCCUGGAAUUUAAUACUGGCAUAGAAAAUCUACCUCAGAUUUUGACAGGCCUCUUCAACUCUUUCCUGAACUGCCCGAAAGACACAGUUAUUAAGCUAGACAGGGUGCACAGACCCCACAGACCCAAAGGAAGGCCAGAAGAAACGCCACAUGAUAUAAUAUGCUGCCUCUGUGACUUCACACUAAAAGAAGCCAUCAUGAGACAGACAAGCUAG